GGAUGCAGCUGUCAGUCAACGAGCUACCCGGAAAUGUCCUCUUGCUUUCUGCUGGAAUGAGUGAGCAACUGACUGGUGAGGCCCAGGGAUCUGUGAUGGAGUGAGAAGAAACUAAGAAAGCUCAGCUCUCCGUUCUGAGAUGUCGGCGACUUCUGCUGGGAUUCCGGCUCUGGAGCCGUUUCGUGUAACGCAGUCUCCACCAGCUGCCUAUUACGUUCCGGAUUUCAUCACAGAGGCAGAGGAGGCGUACCUUUUGCAACAGGUUUAUGAUGCCCCCAAGCCCAAGUGGACUCAGCUGUCGGGGAGGAGGCUGCAGAACUGGGGAGGGCUGCCACACCCCAAAGGGAUGGUUCUGGAGAAGCUGCCCGCCUGGCUCCAGGCCUGCGCAGACAAAGUGUCCUCCCUCAGCGUUUUCGGAGGGAAAAUGGCGAACCACGUCCUGGUCAACGAGUACCGCCCUGGCGAGGGCAUCAUGCCUCACGAGGAUGGGCCCCUCUAUUUCCCCACCGUCACAACUGUCAACCUGGGGUCUCACACCUUCCUUGACUUCUACCAUCCCAUCAGCAGAAGGCAGCAAACGGAAGGCGGAGAGGGGCCCAUCCCUCAGACUGAAGACCAGCGCCACUUCCUGUCCCUGCUCCUGAAGCCCCGUAGCCUCUUGGUCUUGCGGGAGGACAUGUACUGCCGUUACCUUCACGGCAUCCGCCCGGUCACAGAGGACGCUGUCACAGAGAAAGUGGCCAACGCAGGCAUGUGUGACGCCGAACUUGGGGACAUGUUGCAGCGGGGGACACGGGUGUCGCUCACCAUCCGUCACGUCCCCAAAGUGCUGAAAACCUCUAUUUUCCUGGGCAGGCGGAAGUGACUGUUCUGCUUUGUGGUGGCCCACGCACUGGAACACUUUUCUGUACACAAGCAGCUCCCUGCAUGCAGAGAGCCAGCAUCUCAGGGAGAAGGGUUCCAGCCUAGACACACU